AUGUCUGAUAGCGAGUCAUUCUCCGAGCGUGAGCCCAAUGCGUUCGAUGAGGAGUCAUCAAACGGUCUCUUUGACUCCGAUGACGAAGCGGCAGGGCCUGAUGCCGAGGACGGAAGUGAUACCGAUGUUGAGAUACUCGGUGAAGGGCCCAACUCCGUUCCUACACACGGCAUUGGAAAGGGGCUAAUGACCGCUCCGGUGCCGUUGUCUAUUGUUUAUAUCGACGGUCGCCAUGUGGGCCUAGGCAUGCCUGGGGAGGCGAGCGCUAGUCGCCAGUCAGAGGCCUCCACUUCUGGCCGUGGAGAGUCAGUUGCCGAACCAUCUCUUCGGCCGAGGGUUUCGGUAGUCUAUCCCAGCAAUCCUAGGAUGCCGAUGGGAGUUCCGAAGGAGCUCGUCUUCGGCGUAGAUUAUUUGGAGCCUAACAGGAUCACCGAGAGGGAGAUUGUGAAGUUCCGUGCCGAGUACUUUAUACCAGAUUCGGUAAGCAUGAGGAUCCCAAAUCCUAUCGAAUCUCUAAGCAAUCCGAAGGAUGGCGAAGUCGUCUUUUUCACGGACGUACUUCUACAAGGAGUGAGGCUCCCUCUGCAGCCCGCCGUUCAGAGGAUCCUGGCGCAGAUAGGCUAUGCUCCCGACCAGUUCAACCCCAACUUCUGGGUAGCGCUAAUGGGUGUGGUCAUAGCCUUCGGUAUGGCUGACGAGGGAGAGCCUUCGUACGAGCAGUUCUCCCAUCUGUACAGCGUUACAAAGUCGAAGUAUGCCGAUCACGGGGGUUGGGUUCAGGCUAACUGCCUGAAGGUUACCGAGCGCGGCCAUUUUGUCAACGCCGUGCCAACCUCCCGGAAGAUGUGGAGGAAACGGCGGGUGCUUUUGUCCGGUGAUUGGGAGUCGCCCUCGGGACAUCCCGUCCGUUUCCACAUUCCCACUACCUUCCAAAUUGCCGGUAGGCCAUCCUACCGUUCGCCGAGCGCUACACAAGUGGAGAUUCGGCAGAUCGAGCCGGUGAGGCUGAAGGUCCCUGCCGUGGAUAAAAUUUACCCGAAGUUCCUCUUCACCGCCAAUCUCAUCAAAGCUCAACUUGUCAACCCUGCCGAGAUGACCGAGGAGAGGAGGACUGCUGAGGCGAAGAGGAUGAACGAGUCCUCCAAACGGCAUCUCAUGCUCGGCAUGCAGGGCAAGAAGAAAAAGGGGCGGCAGUCGGAAACGACACCAGCGUCUUCGGGAGGAGUUGACCCCGAGGACCUAACCCUCAACGAGCGUCGUCGACAGAUGAACGUUGAAUCAGCGGAUGCCGAAGCGGUUGCUGCCCGUCCGUCUCCCAACCGAGGUAUGCCUACCGAGGGUACCUCCUCCAAAGCUGCCGGCAAAAGGCCAUUCACCGUCGAUCUGGAUGCCGAUCCCGCUCCCAAGCGUGGGCGACCUGCCGAGCCUGCUAGGGCCAUCUUUGCUGCCAAGGACGACGAGGCGACUCUCGAAGCUGUCACUCUGGCCUGUCCUUCGAAGACUGUACAGUUUGUGAACCACAUGAUCCUUGGUUCACAAAUGGAGCUGUCCGAGAUCGAGGACCUGCUGAAGAAGCUCCUUCGGGAGGAGGCCGGCCGCGCCUUCCGUCUUCAAGCCUUUUUACCGUUCGUUUACAUCGCCUGA